CUCAGUCCCCAUAUGAAGCGCCGGAACGCCAUGCUGAAGGAGAUGGUCGUUGCCGGCGUCAUCCAUUCGGAACUCCUUGCAGACCUUAUCGUCGAUGUGGAUCCGGAUAGGAAGUUUACCUUUGUGGGGUGGAUUUGUGAAGGUCGGGAGCUUGAUGUGGAUAUUUGUGAAACGACACUGUAGGACUGGGUUGAAGUGGUCGAAGCGCAGGAUGAGGAUGAGGAUAAGAAUGAGAGUGAAGCUUUCUAGGCUCGGAUGGAUGACGCGAUGGAGGCCGAGUAGAAGCGCGCGCAUACCAAUGCUCAUCGGCGGCGCCAUUAGUGGUGGCGGACCUACUGAGAAUGGCAAGAGCGCAGCUGUUGUCUCUCGAAGCUGCCGUCCAGGUCGUACAUUCCGCAAUCGUGUCUAUAAUCGCGGCUCUGCGGCGUUUGAGUUCGUGUAUGAGAUGGAGUUGCGAUAAGUCGUUUGAAGCCCUAACCCUAAUUCAUGAGUGCAAC